AUUCUCUCAGGACAUGCAGGUCAUGAAGCCCUAUUUAAUGACCAUUUCGAUCCUUCUGAUCCUGGUUCCGAAGACUCCAGGUGACCUGUUCAGACCCUGCUCUGGCAAGAGCCAAAUGCCUUGGAUUCCAUGCAGGCUGUACCAUGGCACUUGCAGAAACACCUGCAGAAAAAAUGAGAUUCAAUACUUAACCUGCCCAAGUGAUCAGAAGUGCUGCCUGAAACUUUCUGUGAAACAUUCUAACAACGCAAAGGAUUAUGGCUCUGACUCCAACCUGUCAGUUACAGACAUUUCAAGCUACUCUAAAAUUUGAAUAUCACCAACCAUACCACCUCUUUCCCC